CAGGUGGCAGCGUCAAAUGCGAACUUGGACUCGCUCUGCUUGCCGCCAUCGGGUACCGGGGGCAGUUGGAAAAAGUCACCCGUGAUAACCAGCUGGAUACCGCCCCAUGGCCGGCCAUCGUUCCGAAGAAUUCUGCCAAUCUGCGAGAGUUUGUCGAAGAGGUCACCAUCCAGCAUUGAGACUUCGUCGAUAAUGAGAGUUUUGGUC